AGAGGGACAGCCAAGAAGCGCACAGGAAUCGGCUGGCUCUGUAGGAAAGACACUUAGCGAGAAAAUAUACUGAAAUCAAACGAACAAUGAAACCGAUCGUAUAAGGCUUGUGAAAGAACCGCGGCCGAAUAUAUUUCACACAUUGCCACGUUAACAAAGCUCUUUGAUUAUACAGUCCAGAUUAGAGGCAGCAGAUAGAGAGCUGUGUCAUUGAGCAGGCAGGACACGUCAGGAGAAGGGAGAAAAAAAAGCUGACCGACUGCACUGUACGAGUCAGCUAUAAAAUCGCCUCUGAAAAGCUUUGCCUGACUUACUGAUUUUUUUCAAGGACACCACCUUGCUUUCAACCCGAGGGAAGGAUCUCGACAAAGACAUCGCCGAGGUCGAAGGUGGUGAUCAGAAGGACCAAACGAUCACGGGAUAGCAUUUGUGUGUGGGGGGAGAAAACAAAUGGGGGAUUACGGGUUUGGAGUCCUAGUUCAAAACAACACUGGCAACAAGUCUGCAUUCCCGGUCCGAAUCCACCCGCAUCUGCAGCCCCCACACCACCACCAAAAUGUGUCGCAGAGCCCUGCUGCUUUCAUAAACAGCACCACAGCCGCAGGGAAUGGCACCACGGGAGGCUCUCCCUGGCUCUUCCCUGCCUCUGCCACCCACAACAGCGUGCAAGACGAAAUCCUGGGGGGCCCGGAGAAGCCCAAAGCGCAGCAGCAACAGGAAAUGCAAGAAACGCAAGAAAAGCAGCAGCAGUUGUCCCCUGGGAGUCACCAGGAAGGUGGAAGUGGCAGUGGGAUCAUGUCAGAACUGGAAAAAGCCCGGUCAGAGGAAGCCAAGACAGACAGCAGCGUGUCUGAAGGAAGUAACGGAAAGGAGAAGCAGCUACGUCUUGAGUCUCCUGUCCUGACAGGCUUUGAUUACCAGGAGACGUCUGGUCUUGGGGGGACUGGCCCGGUCCAGUCCAGUACAACCUCGUCAUCACUUACUGGCUUCAACAAUUGGUCAGCUGCCAUCCCGCCGGCGCCGUCGACCAUCAUCAAUGAGGACGUCAGCUUCUUUAACCCGGCCUCUGCUAACAACGGGCCCCUGCUGUUCCAGAACUUCUCACACCAUGUCAGUCCAGGGUUUGGUGGGAACUUCUCCCCCCAGAUCGGACCGGCGGCGGCCUUGUCCCAACACCACCCGGCUCCCCCGCCACACCCCCACUUCCAACACCCCCACAACCAACACCAGCAGCAUCGACGCUCACCGGCCUCUCCACACCCUCCACCGCCCUUUCCGCACAGGAAUCCGGCUUUCAGCCAGUUGCCGCAUUUGUCCAACAGCUUGAACAAGCCCCCGUCCCCCUGGGGUCCAGCCAGCUACCAGAGCCCCUCUCCCUCCCCUGGCUCCUCCACCUCCUGGAGUCCCGGAGGAGGCUAUGGUAGUGGUGGCGGCGGCUGGGGAGGGUCUCAGGGCAGAGAUUAUCGCAGAGGGCUGAACGGAGGGAUGACCCCCAUCAACUCUAUCUCUCCAUUGAAGAAGACCUUCCCCAACAACCAUGUUGCAUCCCAGAAGUACCCUCGAAACAGUCCCGCUGGCUUCAACCCCAAGUCCUGGAUGGAUGAUGGAGUCGGCCGCAGUGAUAACAUCUUCCCCUUUCAGGAACGCACCAGGUCAUUUGACAGCUUCAACAUGAACACGCUGGAGAGCUCCCUGAUCGACAUCAUGAGGGCUGAGCAGGACACCCUGAAAGGUCGUCUGGGGUUCCCCCAUCCAGGAGGGGACAACCCUCUGCCCCUCAAUGGCCACUCCUCUCUCUUCCCCAUGGAGGACGGUUUCCCUGAUGAUGAGCGCGGCGAUCAGGGUCUCGCGGGCCUGGGUUCUCCACACUGCUUUCCUCACCAGAACGGAGAACGCGUGGAACGCUACUCACGCAAGGUCUUUGUGGGAGGACUGCCACCAGACAUAGAUGAAGAUGAGAUAACAGCCAGUUUCCGGCGUUUUGGACACCUGUUUGUGGACUGGCCUCACAAAGCAGAGAGCAAAUCCUAUUUCCCCCCCAAAGGCUAUGCCUUCCUGCUGUUCCAGGAUGAGAGCUCAGUGCAGGCUUUGAUCGAUGCCUGCAUUGAGGAGGACGGCAAACUGUACCUCUGUGUGUCCAGCCCCACCAUCAAAGACAAGCCGGUCCAGAUCCGCCCGUGGAACCUGAAUGACAGCGAUUUUGUGAUGGAUGGAUCUCAGCCUCUGGACCCGAGGAAAACCAUUUUUGUUGGGGGUGUCCCUCGUCCGCUCCGUGCAGUGGAGCUGGCCAUGAUCAUGGAUCGUCUGUAUGGCGGGGUUUGCUACGCUGGCAUCGACACAGACCCUGAGCUGAAGUACCCCAAGGGAGCGGGGCGGGUCGCCUUCUCUAAUCAGCAGAGCUACAUUGCUGCUAUCAGUGCUCGCUUUGUACAGCUGCAGCAUGGAGAAAUCGAUAAACGGGUGGAAGUGAAGCCAUACGUGCUGGAUGACCAGCUGUGCGACGAGUGCCAGGGGACGCGCUGCGGCGGGAAGUUUGCACCGUUCUUCUGCGCCAACGUCACCUGUCUGCAGUACUACUGCGAGUACUGCUGGGCGGCCAUCCACUCGCGCGCCGGACGAGAGUUUCACAAACCCCUGGUGAAGGAGGGAGGCGACCGACCCCGUCACAUCUCCUUCCGCUGGAACUGAGCGGACGCCGGAGAGGGAGAGGCAACAGGGGAGCAGGAGGGCAGGUAGUGCAGGAGUCGCAAAUCAUUGUACAAAUAAAUGCACUUUUCUGUUGCUGGUUCCUUUUUGCUCUAAUUUCACUGAACCUUUUUCUCAUUUUUUUUUUUUAAGUUAAUAUAUAUCUAUAUUUUGAAGAUAGAAAAGAAAAACUGGAAUUAUAUCCAAAUAUGUCCAGCAAGGAAAAAGAUGUGUAACAUAAUUUUAUUUAUGCAUUUGAUUUUUGAAAUAUUUUUGAGUUCUCAAGAAAUACAUAUAUUGGGAAGUUUGAGGUGUGGUAUGGUACUCUGCUAUUCAAUUGGCAUAUUAUUCUCAACUAUGUACUUGAGUCUAAUUUUGAUACAAGAUGCCCCAAAACAAAUCCACUUUAUUUGGCAUUUGAUAUACUUCCUUUGUAGCAGAGCUGUUGCUUUUUGUUUUGUAUCGAGUCUCCAGAGCAAACAAUUUAUCAUUGGCUAUUUGUUUCUGAGAGGUGUGAUUACGUUUUCUAUUGAUGCAAGAGGCUCCAGAGCAAAUGUGAAUUGAAAAAGGUGUUGCUAAAGAAGAGUGCACUUAUUUCCAAUUUAAAGAGUGCAGAUCCAGUAUAUGAGACCCUUAGUAGUUAACCAAAGCUGAAUCUUAAUUAACUUUGAAGAACAGAGAGGGCCCACUGCAGAACGAAAUGGAUUCUUUUCCCUCCCAGAUCAUAAUGUUUGAACCUCUCUUUUUAUGAUUUCCAAGAUCAUACGAAUAUUUUGAUGUUACUUGAAAACCACAACAAAAUUUUAGCAACACAUAUUUGGGUUUUGAUCUCCAUUUUGACAUGCAAAAACUAAUACCUCAAACUCAGCUGCUAAUGUGCCGAAUACAGUUAAAAGAAAAAAAAAAGCAAGAAAGAAAGCAAGAAAGAAAACAUUACCGCUGGUGUUCUCCUUUCCUUAGAACUAUAAUCAAAGGGAAGUGAUGCAACAGGCAGAGUGUGAUGUGACUGGCACAGUUUUGUACUCACUUGCUUCAUCACCUCCUUAUUUUUGUAAUCAAACCCAGGGUUGUGCUAUGGAUGGAGCAGAGCAUCGUACAGUAUACAGCGUAUUAGGGGAAUGUAUGGCGUAGGGAGGCUACAGGAGAGACAGACAGGCUUACUGGUAAAGAGUUAAGUCCAGCCCCACUCCCCCUCCUCUUGUCUGCCUGCGGCCUCUGCUGCUAAGCUAGCAGCUAACAAAGGAUAGGGCCUCAUUCACGGAUCCAAACCUGCUUUCUGUGUCCGCACGCAGUCGGGCUUGGAUCCAGAUCUUUCAGGACUGAGGUUAAGGUAACUCCUCAAGAGAAGUGGCCACCUUUUUAUUGCAGUUUUUACGGGGCUACCGCCGAACGGGGAAAUGCCUGUCUUUGUUUGAUUUUUUUUUUUCCUAAUGCAUUUGUGCAAUUCUCCCAAGUCUUUAAUGAAAAAAGUUCUACGUUGCAUCCAAGAGUCAGCUGCAUUUAAUGAAAGAAGCAAUUAAAGUUUAUCUGAUUUCCGAAUCGUCGGCACACAUUUGAGUCACGGAGGGAUCUGCUCUUUCGGCGAACCCUCUAUCCUUUCUCCUGCCAAGCUAAUCCAACUCAGCAUCCAGUGUUUUUGAAGCAUAAAUGAAGAUAGUCUCUGCAGUGUGCUCUACUACUACACACUUGUUACCCACAUGCAGUUUGCUCUUGAUAACAGUCGGUUGUACCCAGUGGCUUUUGGGAACCAAAGAUGGCUGUGCAGUAGUGGGUCAUACUGUAGCUCAUCUCUUGUUUAGGUUUUAACUCUUAUUUUCUGUCUGAUUUCUUCAAGGACGUUUUUCAUAUAUAUUUUUUAAAAGCUGUCAAUUCUACCCAGUUUUGCUUAACUGUCAAGCCCAGCAAACCAAAGAUUGGCCUUGAACAUAAUAUAUUUAUACAUAUAUAUGUAUAUAUAUAUAUUUGAGAGUGUGGUCAAAACCCAUUAGAACACCAGUGGAAAAACAACAGGGCUUGCAGACACACACACACACACACACACAAACAAGGCCUCACACUCUCCAUAGCUCAAAAUGGAGGUGCACGCUGGUAGGCACUAGUUCUUUUUAGGUCUGCGUGUUUGGGAAAAAUUCAACAUAAAGUGCACAUCCACACAGCGAAAGUAAAACUAAUCCUCACAUUUGUUCGUCGUUUUAAGUCACUCAGUGGCAACCUACUAGCCGAGCAUUUAAACAUGUCAGGGAGUUAGUACAGAAACUUGAUUAUACACACUAGUGAGAAACGUAUCCUCAUAUCGGCGUGGUGUCGUCGCACCAGUUUUGCACCCUGGACGUUAGUUUUGUGGGUGCGGUGGGUGAGCAUUUUAGAAGUUAAAACACUUUGUGAAGAAUUUGCUGUUAAAUGAGAUGAAAAAAAAAGAUUAUUUUAUACAUGGCCUGCUGAUUUUUGGUACAGUGUUUUCUAGCUAAAUUAUUUUGUCAUGCACAUAUAAACAUUUAUUAUGCACUACUUUUCUAAAUAUUUUUUCUUUUUCCAACAGUCAUUUUAGGCACAUUUUUCACAAAUGGGGAAACUCCUUUUUGCAAUACCUCAAUUUUUCACAUUGUGAAAGGUAGCUUUUGUACUUUUGUUACUGAGAGAUCUGCAUAUAUGGAAAUGUUCAUUUUGAGAAAAAAAGUUGAGUGAUUUCAAUAUAUAUUAUUUUCAAUUAUGCUUUUUAUACAUUUCAGUGCUGAGGAAACUUUACAACUAAGUGCGCACUUGUGUUGAUGCGACUUCACAUCUGCAGAGGAGAGACCAAAGUGUAUUGCUCUCUUGGUCUUAGCUUUUCGUACACUAGAUGUUUCCAGUCAAUCUGGUCAAUAACAGCAUGGCAAGAAAAAAAAAAAAAAAAAACACACAAAAAAAAUACAAGUUGUAAUUUGAAAUUGAUGUUAAUGUCUCUAAACAU